AUGGCUUCAGAGGAUCACUACAAACACGCAAUAUUACUCUACGCCCGUCUCAAGGCUGAAGCCGGCGACUACCCGCACUGGAAUGGAUUACACAUCUACGACAUGAUCAAGGAGGGUGUUAGCGACGAACACAUCAAAGCCGAGUGGAGUGGCACUGUGUUGAUAUAUCGAGACUCAUCGGGCGGAGCGGCAGACGUCUUUUCGCGCUUGAGUCGUUUCGGGGUUACUCGUCAUGGCAUUGACCAAAGUUCUGUUGCAGAAUGGAUGAAAGAUGGAAUGUCAGAACGAACCAUCGCCUUGCAGUACCUUCUAUCUCCACUGGAGCCAACUCUCGGGGAUGCAAAGGCAUGCUUAGCUGAGCUUGACCGUCAAAUGGGCCCUUGUCCAUCGAUGACGGAAGAGUAUAUCCUCGGAUGCAUGAAGAACCGGCACCUUGGCGAAGACCUUGCUAUUGAGUAUGCAAAUCGCCGACAAGAAGCGCAAUUGGCAGAUCAAACAGACGUCCCAGCACCAAUGUCCGACGAGGACUUGUGGUUCGAGCUGCAUUUCGGUCUUCUAUACGCUACCACGAAACUUCCGUCGGAGCCCGUCGUUUUGCGGCAUCCACGGCACUCCGUGUAUCAGUACAACAUGUACUUUAACGACGGGUCUGGCAUUAAUGAUGGCCUCUUCAACGCCAAGACAAGCAGAUUGGCCAGAGGCACGGUCAUGAGGCUAGAUUGGCGACUGGACCCAUUCAUUAAAGUAGGCGGUCACCCAAUAGCCUUGCGGACAACCGUUACGUCGGAUCAUAUGGCCGCAUACCGGAAGAUACGUAAAGUCAUCAUAGGUGAUGAGAGCAACACAGACGUGGAGAGUCAUAGCGAGCGCUUGCAAUUCCUCAUGGACCUAGCGGCAAAGUUACAUCCAAAUCUAGCCUCACCGCCUGUGCAGUCUACUGAUGUGGUAGCACCAGUGGAAGCGUUCUCCAAAAGCCUCUGGACCGAAAUGGAACGUCACGCCCUCUGGCGCGCCAUCAACAGGUGGUGCAAGGAUAAUGGUGUAGAUCAAUUCGAAUCAGGCAACAUAGGCAUAGUCACAUGUCAGACUUUUGCUGACGAUAUCAAAGCAGAUUGCGCGAUUGAAGGUAGAGGAUCAGAGCGCAGUGCAGAGAGCGUCCAAAGCCAAGUAAAAGACGCGAUUCGGAGGAACAAGACGAAAGCAAACAAGCCGAUCACGGAGCUGGCCUUGCGUGCAAAGGCAAUGAAAAAGAAACUCAUCGACAAAGGCGUCGACUCUGUCCCAAAGAGCGAAAGGUUUCCGAAAGCAGCCAUUGAUAUCCCAGGGGAUGAUGAGUCGGAUACUGAUUAG